AUGUGGCAACAGUCCCGUUUCCGACUAGUCCAAAAAGCAAAUGAAUCUGGCUCCUACUUGGAUCUGAAACUGAGAAAUAUACCGGAGAAUACAGAUGCACCAGAUGACCAAAAAAGCACACCAGAGACUAUGGAGUCGGUGGAAGCAAGAAGGCGCAGACGCAUUUCUGAGCUAUUAAAGAGAAUUGAACAGAAGCAAGCUACAGCCUUUCAGGAUGUGAUGGGACCUGAAGUCUGUAAAGUUUCUUCAGCUGAAACAGCUGUACAGAAUAAAAAAGAGAAUGCCACGGCUCCUUCACCAGUUGACGAAGAAAAGACAUCAGAGUCCUCCGUGCAGGUGGAGCCUACAAGAUUCAAAUGUUUUUUUUCACUUUUACAAAGAUUUUCUAAGAAGGACCCACAUCCUUCCCAGGCUUGGGCGGAACCUCCAGGUCCUCCAAGUACUUCCAAAGAAACAUCAGCAAACGAAAAAGGAAUGCAAAAUGUUCCAGACAUUAAAGAGCUAUUUUUUAAAAAAGAAGAGUUUGAACCUCAUGAUGAGGGGUCCUGGGAAGAAUACCAAAGCUAUUUCCCACAUGGGGUUCAUGUUCCCGACUCUAGACAAACAAUGGCUUCCACCAUGGUAGAGAGUUAUGUAGCCCAGGUGGGAGACACAGAUGUUGAAGAACAAGAACAACUGGAUAGUAAAGAGAAUUUUCCUGAUGCUUAUGAAGUACAGCAUUGGGAAAUGAGAAAAAGAGCAAGCACUCUUUCUCCUGCGGUCAACACACUAUUUGUACAUCGACCAGGAUCUUCCGAGUCUGAUGAGGAAAGUACACCCAUCAGAAGGAAGAAGAGGAGAUACAAGAGGCGCCUUUAA